AUACGAUCAACGAAGCUCAAGGCACCAUGGCAGGCGACAGUUCGGCGCACGUGGGCACGUACUCGCCGACGACAGGCUUCAUCUUCCUAUUCAACCUCGUGGUGGGAACAGGCGCCCUCACCAUUCCGCAUGCCUUCGCACAAGUCGGACUCAUCUACGGCGCCGCCGCGCUCUUUCUCCUAUCCGUCGUCAGUUAUGUGUCUGGGACGUACGUGAUUGAAGCCAUUGCUGGAGUCAAUGCGCUUCAAGGAUUCCAACAACAGUCCAAAGGUGUCAGCACCGCCAAGUUGUCGGACGCGUCGUCGUCCACCGCCACCGUCGCCAACACGAGCAGCGUCGACGAAACCACAAGCGAAGCCGUUCCGUUCCUAGUGCACACCGAGGACUUCGACCAGGCAGACGAAGAGUACGUGUCGGGUUUGCAUUUCGACAUUUCCAAAAAGUUGGAACUCGCGGCGAUUGCGCAGGAAUUGUUUUCCCCGCGGGGUGUUGCCGCGUUCUACGUGUGCAUGAUUGCGUACCUCUACGGCGACCUCGCCAUCUAUGCCGUCGCAAUCCCCAAAUCCCUCCGCGAAGUCAUUUGCCCGCGUCCGACGACGUCCGCCGCCGUCGUCACGACGUGGGACUGCCCUGCCCUGCACAUGAACAGCUCCGUGCUGUACCGCGCGCUCGUGGCGCUCUUCGGGGUGUCCUUGGCGCCUUUCGCCAUGGGUCACAUGCAAAAGACGGCGCUGAUCCAGAUCGCGACCACCGUCAUGCGGCAUCUGUCGUUUGCGCUCAUGAUCGUGCUGGCGUGUGUGGGCAUUGGCCAAGGCCAGGGGCAGUCCGCGGCGGCCGUCGUGUCGCAUACCGACUUGGGGUAUCUGCCAAACUUUUUCGGCAUUUGCAUCUACUCGUUCAUGUGCCACCACAGUUUACCAGGGAUCAUUGCACCAAUUAGCAAGAAACGCACCGUGGGAACAAUCUUCUUCGCUGCAUUCAUCGCCGUGUUUGCGUUGUACGUUGUCCUGUCGUGCUCGGCUGCGUUUCGGUAUCUCCCCCAAGACAUUCAAGACGUGUAUACGCUCAACUUUACGUCGUACCCAAACGCGUUUAUCGCCUACUUUUUGAGCCUCUUCCCCGUGUUUACGCUCAGCACGAGCUUCCCCAUCAUCGCCAUUACCCUACGGGAGAACCUGCGCACGUUGUUCCAUGCAAACUCAUCGCAACACGUGAGUGACAUGACGAUGUUUGGGCUGCUGGCGAUCGUGCCGCCGCUCGUGAUUGCCUUCUUUACUGAAGACGUGGGCAUGCUCGUGGGGGUCACGGGGGCGUAUGCUGGUCUGGCUAUCCAGUGGGUAAUUCCAGCGUCGUUUGUGUACUGCCUCCGCCAACGCCUAGCCGACGUGGGCGUUGCUUUGAAACUACAGGGGGCCCCCAAGAACCCGUUUGCGAGUUCAUUUGGGGGGCUCGGGUGGCUGGCGCUGCUCAUGGGACUGUCGGCCGUGUCACUCCUGCUCAUCACGUACACGCGAGUGUUCAAGUGAGAUUUCACAACCUAGUUAAACUAACUAUAAACUAUACCUGAGCAGUUUGUUCGAGUUGGGAA